CUUUGAUAUCAGUGUUGAAAAUUUUUCAUUGUUAAUUAGUUAAGAUUUGUGCAUUAAUUUGUUAAGUAAAUUCGAGUCUAAGUGAAUGUAUGCUUAAGUAAAUUUGUGGCUUAAGUGAAUCCGUUUGUUAAGUGUAUGUGUAAGCGAUAAUCCUAGUAAUGGCGACAGAAAUUCUUUUGGGGGUAGAGAAGCGUCGUCCUUUACCUAAGCUGGUAUCCACCUAUACCAGAGUUAGCUUAGACCAUGCUAGGAUCCGAGCUGUUCGUGCCGAGAGGAUUUUAGAUCGUAUAUCUUUACGAAGGCGAAAAUUUCCUUUAUACGAGUGCCUAAUUUUGGAACUCAAAGAAGCUGGCUAUUCAGAUUCUUCGGGAUAUCUGCAAGAUUUGAUCUACGAUAAUAAACAGCUGGUCAGCCAGGACGAUAUAGGAAUUGUAGUGGACCUCAGGAAAAGGGACGAUUAUCUUGAACAUAUAUGUGACGUUCUGCAAAAGGCUGAAAAACAACGCGACAGGGGUAAUAUAAAGCAGGAGUGCGAACAUAUACUCGGACUCGCAAUGUUCUAUGCAGAAAAGGAAAAAGGUAUCUUGUGGCUUGCUGAAAAAUUCUAUCAAUUAGCUAUUGCUGUGUCUAGCAAGUAUCUCGUCGAUGGCGGUCGACUGAAAGCUGUCUGCAAAUAUCACUACGGAAAGUUUCUUUUGGAUAAAUUUCCUGGAGCAGAUCCAGAGGAACCAUUUAUGUUGCUGACAGAAGUUCGAGACUCUGCUAUCGGAAAGAAUUGGCUCUUGUACGAACCGAAAGAGGAAGGAGAAGAGGCUCCACCAGAUACCGUGUUUGGGUCCACUGCCCUUCAGUUGCAUAGAGUACUUCUCAACAAAGCAAGAGCGGUGAGGAAGGAGGACACUCCUAAAGCAGAAAGGUUGGCACGCUUGGCUGAGAGGAGAGCUAAAGAUGCCGGUGAGACUGGCAAAACAGCAGAGGCGAUAAUUGAGAUUGGCAUUUGUCAGCUCAUGAUGAACAAUUUGAACAAUGCUCAGAAAACUUUUGAGAGGGCGUUCAAAAUACAUGAGCGGAGCCAAAACGUAGAAGGGCUUUGCGAAGCUAGAAUGCACCUGGCUGCAGUUAUGCAACGAUUGGGAGAACAUGAAGCUGCAGCUAAAUUGCUGACGGAGAUGGGAGCCAUUGCCAUGGAGCAUGGCCUGAGGCGGCAGCUUGGCCGGGCCUUGCACUUACUUGGCGAGCUACAUCUGAGGAGGGAGCGCCCGGAGUUGGGCACACAACACUUGGCUGAGGCGUUUCUUUGCUUCAUGGGAUUUAGGUUUCAGGCAAUGCAAAGUGAAGACAUAGUAGGUUUAGAUGAGGUCCAGGAUGAAGACUUUGAUGCUAUAUACGUGGGUGAAACGAAAGAAAUGUACGAAGAGGAAGCUGAACAAGCAAGACUUAUGUGUGCCAUUUCUGCAGGUCAAGAACUAAUGGCUUCCUACUUCAAUUUGCUGAGGGAAGCCGGAGACUGUGCGGUGGCUAAAAUGAAAACGAUUGAAUGGAAACUGUCGCACGCGCGCUGGUGGGUCAAGCGACGUCAUCACGAUUUCCUGCCGUGUAUGUGCCCCGCACAUAGGCGGACUCCGCUAGAUGUACUGUGGAUUCAAGUGGAGUGCAAGAAGUCGCUAGUGCACGUUUCUAUGUUUGACUUCUCCAACGAAGCACUUGGUAGAACAUCCACAAUUCACGAUAUCCGUAAACUUCAUAGCAGCUACCUUCGUACCAUCGACAGCAAAGCAGACAUGCAAUAGUAGUCUGUAUUUCCUACAUACUCUUCAAAACCUUACCUUC